GUGGGUUUGCAAAAGUAAAGCUUGCACGGCAUCGUCUCACUGGUGAAAAGGUUGCAAUCAAAAUCAUGGACAAACUUGCUCUGCAGGAUGACCUGCCUCGUGUUAAAUUAGAAAUUGAUGCCAUGAAGGACUUGAGUCACCAGCAUAUUUGCCGGUUGUAUCACGUGAUUGAGACACCCAAGAAAAUAUUCAUGGUUUUGGAGUACUGCCCUGGAGGAGAGCUGUUUGACUACAUCAUCUCCAAGGACCGCCUGUCCGAGGAGGAAGCUCGUGUGUUUUUCCGGCAGAUUGUCUCAGCAAUUGCUUAUGUGCACAGCCGAGGAUAUGCCCACAGGGACCUCAAACCAGAAAAUUUGCUGAUUGAUGGGGACCAUAAUCUGAAGCUGAUAGACUUUGGACUUUGUGCAAAGCCCAAGGGUGGCCUUGAUUAUCAUCUGAACACUUGCUGUGGAAGCCCAGCCUAUGCAGCACCAGAGCUGAUUCAGGGAAAAGCAUACAUUGGCUCAGAGGCAGAUAUUUGGAGUAUGGGAGUACUGCUGUAUGCUCUGCUGUGUGGCUUUCUCCCCUUUGAUGAUGACAAUGUUAUGGCUGUCUACAAGAAGAUCAUGAGAGGCAAAUACAGUAUUCCAAAGUGGAUCUCACCUGGCAGUACGCUGCUCCUUGACCAAAUGCUGCAGGUUGACCCGAAGAAGCGGAUUACAGUCAAACACCUAUUAAGUCACCCUUGGCUCAUGAAAGGUUAUUCCGAUGCUGUUCAGUGGCAAAGUAAAUACCCACUGGGACAUGUUGAUGAGGACUGUGUGACAGAGCUUUCUGUGUUCCAUGAGCAGAGCAGGGAGAGUAUAUUGAAGUUAAUAACAGAG